CUCCGCUGGAGGUGAAGGGCAAAUAUUUCUUAUUUCUUAUCAAAACACAUUGUGAAUAUCCGAAAUCCGAAUAAAUACCUUAUACGAGUAACGAGUAAGUCAUAACUGCAUGUCGUUUGUAUCUAACGAAUCGUUGAGACGUUGAAAAGUAUACGUUCGGUUCUUGAAUUGAAUUAGUUUUCAUAAUCUUCAAUAUCAUCAAUCAUCAUAAUACGAGUUAAUCGUGAAGUAAUUACAACAUCUGAAUUUUAAAAUGCGUCCACUUCGCAUAUUAUUAUUUUGUGUUUUUUUAAUACUUUAUUGCAAAGAAUGCAGCACGAAGAUACGACUGCGACUGACUCCACAUGUUCGUCACACUCACAAUACACCGAAGCCGGACAAGUUGGAUGAAACGUCGAGAUUCUUGAGUAGUUUAUGCUCUGCGAAUGGUCAUGAGAUGAUAUCGCCGCCGUUCCUCGAAGGCCACACACCAGAUGUAUCGAUUUCGUCAACAACGUCCAUUCGUAAUUUGUAUGAUGUACUCGAAGGUUUGAAAAACAGUCCUCCAUACUCCGCAAUUUAUGCGAUCACAUUUGCGACAGCAUCCUGGGAUGAAAGCUUAGUUGAAAGUUUUUUAGAACAAAUACAAAUCAAAAGAUCGCAGGUCAAUUUUUUCAUCCAAGGCGAGUAUCCUUCUGAAGUCGACUAUUACCUUAAAGAGUAUAGAUUGAUUACUUCGAUAAGUAACGGAAUCACGUGGACUUCAUCCAAAUUAAAUCCGUUUACAGAUUGUAAGUCUCUGAGGCUGAAUUUUAUUCCAACGAAAGCUCACCUGCUUACAGUUUAUGGCACUGGUAAUGGAACAUAUUGCAUGACAAUAGAUUCACUUUUGAAAACUGAUAUAGAAGCAAUGAUAUUCAGCAGUUUCGAUUCAAACGAGUACAACAUAACAUUAUCAAUAAAACCCAAACGGACCAACCUCGUUAAUGUGAAAGGAAAAGGAACGGAAAGCAGAAUGCAAACAAUAACCAUUUCCGAGGUAUGUGUGAAAGUUCGUAGAAAAUCCCAAAAUUCCGGAUAUGAUUCUUUUUACGCGAUACGAGGGUUCAGCGAAAGCGACUUCGACUUCGAUUAUGGGUUCUCCAAGGACAACGUGACAUCAUUGGAUGAUACAUAUCUCAGACCAGUCAAAGGAAUAUCGAACAAAAUUUACGUCUCGACAUGCUUCAAAAACACUCCAAAUGGAUUUGAUCAUUUCAAUAUAGUAUUUUUAAAUGGCAGUACUUUUGGAGAAGAAAUGCCUCUGGAACAGAUACCAAACACCGAUUUGUUCGUAGGAUCAUUCGAUCCACCGAUUAAGGAAUAUUUUUACAUACGAGUCACAACCUACGCCGAUGGCGAAACAAUCUCACGGAUGUCAUUUAUUGCGAUGAAUGCUGCAGAUGGGUUUGGCGAAGAUAAACAAAAUCCAACGUUUAUACCCAAACCAAUAUGUGACAAUCCACAGUCUUCGGAAUCAGAAAACGAAUUCGUAAAAUUUGUGCUGGUAUGCGUGAUUGUCUAUUUAUUGAUGGCGCUGUUCUUCUUUUGGCCUAAACGUUUUUGUAGGCAAUCUCCUGAAUGUUCAGAAGCGUCGUCGUAGAGAAGUAAUAUGUAUACUUAACCUCCUGGAAUACUUAGAACGAGCUCGUCGUCGAGCAUGGUGUCAAAUAAAUCGUUUAUUAUGAUGCCUUCUAAAAGAGUUUUGACAAUAAACGACUGUAUCAAAAUGACACGUGUAUUUUUUCAACGCGAAUAUUAUGCAAAUUUCCACAAUGUAAAUUGAAAAUGAAGUUGUUCGAAACAUUUUUUAACAAAAAGUGGACUUUUCAGACAUGCAAGGCAGAAAUCAAUGUUGUUUGGAC